GAUCUUGAACAAAGUCAAUAUAAAUUGAUUGAACUUACCCCAGAGGUUGCUGCAUUGUUUGAGGAAAUUCGUAUACAGAAGCCUGUUUUAUGUACCAAAGACAAAACUUUUACUAUACGUAAACAGCAUUAUAGUAAUUCCCUACUCUUACUGUCACCUUCACUAACUUUUGUACCAAAUGUACAAAAUUAUCAAGACCCUGUAUUUGAAGUAGUUGACGUUUUAAAUUAUUUUUGCGAAUUAACUUUAUCUGCACCAAAGAUUGAGCAAUUGAAUGAAUUAUUACAACCAACUAUAUAUAAAGGGCCUGAUGAGGAACGCGAAUAUAAAGAUAAAAAAUUUUACACAUUUGAUGAAUUGGAUAAUCUCGUGCAAGCCAGUGUAAAAGAAUUAAAACAAGCCCUUAAAAAUAACUUUGCACUAGAAAUUAAUGGCUAUUGGAGAUACAUUGACCUUGAAUACAUACACAGUAUUUUGAAUGCGAUUCUUUUAAUUAUUGAUCUUUGGUCUGUGCAACUAGAAUGCAUACCAUUAAAAGCUGCUUGUGAUGCGGCUAAAGGAUAUGGUCAUCCUACAUUUAUAAUUCAACAUAUUUUUGAAUGCUUUUCUGAAUCAGUUGAUAAUGCAGAUGAAUCAAGUAAUUAUUUCAUUGAAUAUAUUUGUUGA